AUGGACAUAAAAGAAUUAAUAGUGAGAGUACUUGAAAACAGGGACAUAGGGAUGAUUAACUGGGAGGUAUACAUAGAGGGAGACAGGGUGGAUCUCCAUGAGUUAUCAACAGCUGAUAUUCUGAAAUAUACCUUUCCAUAUAUUAAAGGUGUUGUAAACGACAAGGCAGGAAAUAAGUACGAUGGUUUGAAGCUCUUCAAGGAAUACUGCGAGGAUUGUGAAUACUUGAAUCUUGUUGGAGAAGAGACGGUGGCAUUGUGCAGAGGAGGCGGGAGAGAUAACAAGAUAAAGCUGUGGCGAAAGACCAAGGAGUUUAGGUAUGAUUUUAUAGAUUGGGAAGAUAGGGAGUGGGUUAUGAAGUUGAUUGAAUACUUCUACAUCAUGUCGAUGAAGAAUAUUGAGCAUCUCAACAGAGAGAUCAUGCUGCUUCAGAACAAGAGUGACAAAAAUCCCAGGGGAAAUGAAGGGAUGGAAUGCAUAAGAGUGGAUUCCAGAGGGAGGGUCGAAAAUGUUCUGGUUGGGAGAAACGAUCCUACUAUGACACUUGACGAGUUUGCUGAAAAGAUAAUGGCGGAAAUGGAUAAAGACUCUUCUCUCCCUCCUCAGGACGAGACUUCAAGCACUUCAAGUGAUGAUGAUCCCUCAAGAGAAAAGCUUUUGAAGAGGGACGACGAAAGGGAUGAGAGAGAAAUAAGCAGAGGGAACACUACAAGAAUGGGCUAG